CCCUCGACGACCUCGUUCGCCCAGCAGCUGUCGUGGAUCGACCGGUUGCAUACCUCCCGAGGAGCCGCGAGCCCCAAAAUGAAAGACCUCAAACUUAACCCAAGGACCCUGUCCGGCCGGAAAGUUGCCUCGGGAGAGACGUCAGACACGCGAGACGACGAGUAGUGCGAACGGAAAGUGAGGCAGCAGGUCGCUUUUGCGCAUUGGCGGGCUGCGGUGGCGGGGGUGCGGGGGUUAAACAUCAGCAGUACAGGGGCGGAAAAGUGGAAGUUAUAGAUAGCAGCGCAGGCAAUACGGCCAGGCUAGUACACCGCCCGCCAGCCAGCCAGCUCUCUCUCGCACUCCCUCAAAGUUGCCAUGGCAAUGACGUCAGAGUAAAAGUAGUUUUUCCACCCGUCGUCUUUUCCAAGAUGGCCGCGUACGUGUGUGUGGUGCUCGAGCGGUGCUGCGAGUAGUAUUUGGCCACCGGAUGGACCCUGGUAGGUGCAGCCGCGGUGCCAGCCUCGCCUAGUGCGGCCAGUUGUCUCGACCCGGGUGCCGUGUGCCAGUGCGGGUCGCAAAUGCCGUGCUAACCCUUUCGCCGCGGCUGCAGCAGAAGUGGGAUUCUGCUCGUCUCGCUGCACAUCUGUCCGACCCUGAGAGCUACCGCGCUGCAUCACCAUGUCCCUUCUCAGCGUCACAGUCAAGAAAGCAAGAUAUGUGGGAGUGCAAGCUGCACAAUUCAACUCGUACUGCACGCUCAAGCUCCAGAAUGUGAAAUCCACGACUGUAACCGUGAAAGGUGCCAACCCUUGUUGGGAGCAGGAUUUCCUCUUCGAGACCAACGAUGUAAACACGGGUCUGCUAAUUGAAGUGUGGAGCAAAGGAAUGAUCUGGGACCGGGCCCUCGGCUACAACUACAUCCCGCUCACCGAAGUCCAGUAUUCCAACGAGGAGGGUUCCUGUCAACAAUGGCUUGCACUAGAGGCUGAGCUGGUGAUGCGAGAUGGCGAGGUUGUCGGCACCAAAAAUCCCACCGGCCACUCGUUGCUGGUCGACUGUCGCUUUGAGCUUCCAUUUGGCCCUUCAAGUAAAGUACCUUCUGCAUCACCCCGGCGUGCGUCUUCCGCGAUGGGCUCCUCGAGGCACCAUUCUUCACGCCAGCACCCGAGACGCACGCUUUCCGACGAAGGCGAAGACUUCGGCUACAAUGACGCGCCUUACUACUCAUUCCGUCCCCGCGCCCGCAGGCGACUGCUACCCCGCCUCAACCCCCGCAACAUGAGGUCAGAUCCGGAGAACACAGGCGCUGCGGAUCUGCAACGCAAACUUGAGAUGCUCAAUAACGUUAUGGACCAGGAAGCACGAGCUGAGCAGGCUCGAAGACAAAUGCAGUACUACGGGCACUUGGGGGUGGCUGACUGCGACACAGCCGGCUACUCGGAGGACAGCGACUACACGAGUGACCUGAACUACCCCGUGGGCCAGCACCCCAACUCGUCGGCCUCGCAGUUCCGGACGGCGGCCCACCAGAUGCACACGCCGCAACGCUCCCUUGAGACCAGCAGGGAGAACUCGUACGAGCGGGACGACGCGCCCGGACACCAGCACGGCAGAGCCGCCAACUCGACGGCGCACGAAAACUUCCCCGCAGAGUCGACCGACCCUCUUUACUACAACAGCCGACCCAGGGGUUACAAGGAAUACAGGCGGCCUAAAGAUCACGGGUGGGACUCUGAGGAUAGCACCGAUGCCUGGUACUACGGAGGAAAUUAUCAGAACCCGAAUCAGCUGGAAGAUCCAAGAAGUGGCGGCUUCUCAGACGGGGGCAGCAGUUACUACUCGUGCAAUAGCAAAAAGACUACUAAAGUAGGACCGAAUGGACAAAGAAGACCAAGCCUCGAACGGCAGACCACCCUGUAUGACGACCAGUACUUGGCUGGCGACACCUACUACGAGGGCGCAGACACCUCUGGGGGUGCGACCGACACGUACAGGGACAACAGGUACUUUUACAGUGACCCCUAUCAUGACCCCCUUCAACAGCAGCACAGUAGCAGGCCGUCGUCCAGGGCUUAUUCUUACUCAAGACGUCACAGCCCAGAUUAUUACGGGCAGACGCUGGUCAACAAUCAGGCCGAAUAUUCCUUGUACAGGCAUCACAAUGAGGACAUAAGGUACGAUGAGCAGGGUCAAUGGGACACGAGCGGCGGCUUCUACGACGAAAGUGGCAGGGACCAUUACGAGAACACAGUGAACAGUUCAAAACAUUCGGUCGGGACGGGCCGCUUCGUGGACAACUCGUCGUCAUAUGCGCAGUAUGACGGCGGCGGGGGCUACGGCGGUGAAGUGAACAGUGCAGGCGGCGAGUACAAUAAUUACAGCACCGACGAGCAAUACAAUGCGGCGCCGAGGGCACCGUCGCGGCGCACCCGCAGAACUAACAGUAGACAAAGUUCAAUAGACCAUGGUGACGGUGAUAUUAUAUCGAGCACAGACCAUCAGCAGCAGCAACAACCCACCCCGAAGCGCGCCCUUCCGCAGCCGGGUGGAGUGCCUUAUCCCAGACAGCAGCCCACCCCUCCUGCUGCCUCCCUCCCCCAAGUCCCCCCUGUGCAGAAGACGGCGGCGGUGCCGGUCGUGCAGAAGCCGCCAGUCCAAAAACAGCAACAGCAAAAACUCGCCCAGCAACAACCCCAGCAACAAAUCGUCGACCAGCAGCAGUACUACUAUGAAAAUGAGUACGACGGGGGCUACUAUGAUCAGGACCAGACGAUGGUUGCGGAUCAAGGCUAUGACCAGUACAGUCAACAGCAGCAACAGGAGUAUGAGAAAAUGGUCAAACAGCAGCAGCAGCAGGAAUACGAAAAUUUGGCCAAGCAACAGCAACUUGAGUAUGAGAAUUUGGCCAAGCAGCAAGAAUAUGAAAAAUUGGCCAAGCAGCAAGAGUAUGAAAAAUUGGCCAAACAGCAAGAGUAUGAAAAAUUGGCCAAACAGCAAGAGUACGAGAAUUUAGCAAAGCAGCAGGAGUACGAGAAGUUGGCCAAACAGCAACAGGAGCAGCAGCAGCAGUUUGACCAACAGACUUUAGACCAAGAGCAAUAUGGCCAGUACGACCAGACUUAUGACCAGUACUACCAAGGACAAUACGGAGAGCAAUACGGCUACGGCCAGUACGACCCUGCGACGGGCGAGUACUACGGCCAGUACAACGAGGACUACAACUACGCCUAUGAGAGCAUGGACACCAUGACUCCACCCACACAGGAGUCCUCGUUCAAUCAGCAAUACAACCAAUACACUACCACGACGGCUGCUCGGACCACGGCCACCGCAACCACCACAACCUCGUCUUCUGCGUUCUCGAUCAACACGGCCAGUGCGGCCAACACUGCCCUGUCCACGCUGGGCAACAUCACCAGUCUGGGCAGCAAGUUGCUCAGCAGCGUCAACAAACCUGCGGCGACCUCAACGGCCGCCCCGACCACCACCACUAGUUCCUUAUUCUUCAGCAAGCCGGUCGCACCGGUCGUGACCACAAGUUCAGCGGCGCCCGUCACCUCGUCCAGACCGACCUUUACCUCCUCCACCAACACGUUCACCAACACCUUCAAAACAACCACCUCCUCGGUUCCGACCCUUCCGAAGGUCACGGUCAAAGAGCCGGAGCCGCUGUUCAAAGAGGAGCCGCUGUUCACGGCCGAUUCGCUUUACAAAGACGAUCCGCUGUUUGCAGAUGACCCUAGAUUCAGGGACGAUGAACCUUCCUUGUUCAAGGAUGAGCCGCUGUACAAGGAGGAAAAGGGUGAUUAUCCGAUGACCGACACCUUGGGCCAACUGGGCGAGGACGAUUACUUUUAUGACACUAGCGAGUACGCCUAUGAUGACAGUUAUUAUGGGAGAUAUGACGAAAAUGAGAGUUACAUGGACGAAUCGACCUACGGAGAGAACAAAGACCUUCUCUCCUCAGGUCAAUAUCCGUACAGGCAGGACUCGUUUGAGUCGAAGGAGACCGACUACAGGGCGGACUCGUUUGACACUGCCAUUUCCUCCUUCAGCCCCAGACCAACGACGGCGCCUCCCACGUCAACCACUGCCACAACCACCACCACCAAGCCCCCUCAGCAGACGAUGCCCACUUCCAUUCCGAAGCCCUCCCUGCCCAACCUGGGCGCCUCCCUGAAGAGCGCGGCGCCCAUGUUCGGCAAGUUCACGUCCGCCAUGUCUUCGCUGGGGGCGGCGGUCAGUUCGGUCAUUCCGCAGAAUAUGCAGCCCCCGGGGGUGGUGAUCAACCCUGCGCAGAACGCAAACACCGUCACCAGGACGCAGAGGGCCACCCUGCGGACGCAGGAGUCGAUGGAGAGUAUGCACAUGCCGGACGACUACAUGAGAGACGAUUUGAAAGUGGGACCAACCCUCAAGAGGGAGCCAUCAAUUAUGAAGCGGGAGCCUUCGAUCGAUAGAUACAGCGAGCAUGGAGACUUGAUGAGAGAAUCGUCCUUGGACAGAUAUGACCGUGACUCGCUGGGCCGGGAUCACUCCCUGGACCGAUACGAUGACAAGCUGAUGCGCGAGUCUUCGCUGGACAGGCAGGACUCGCUGAUUGACCCCUAUGACACCGAGCGGCAAGACUCGUUUGACCAGUACGACUCGGACGAACGUGAAAACUCGCUGGACAAAUAUGAGCCAGGCAAGCUGCGCGCCUCCCUGGACAGGUACGACUCGGACACCCUGCGCAGGGAGCAGUCCAUGUACGAGACGGACGACCUGAUGAUGGACGAGCCGCACGACAACAGCCUCAUCCAGCCGUACCAGCCAACCCAGUCGCCCGCAAUCGAGUCGCCGGAAAAGGCGCUGAUGGGACAGGCCGGCAAAGACAACAUGAUGGAGGACGAGCGGAUGACCAAGGCAGAGAAAGCCGCCGCCAAAAGCGUGUCCUUUGAGGAAGAGGAGAAAAAGCCGAUGCCUGAGAGGAAAAAGAUGAGCGCCAAGGAGCGGUGGCACUGGGCCUACAACCGGAUCAUCAUGCAGCUCAAUAAUGGUGCCGGAGUCGGUGGUGACAGCGGAGGACGUGCCAAUGGGCACCCAGGAGACAAUCCGUUCUACAGCAACAUCGACAGCAUGCCUGACAUCCGCCCUCGAAGGAAAUCCAUCCCCCUCGUCUCUGAGCUGACAAUGGCAGCAACAAAGCGCAACGCCGGACUGACCUCGGCCCUGCCUCGAGCCACCUUGAACGACGAGGAACUGUCAGCCCGUAUACCUUUGGAGCAGAAAAUGCACGUGUACAAGAAGACGCUGCAGGCGCUCAUCUACCCCAUCUCGAGCACGACGCCGCACAACUUCGUCCUGUGGACGGCCACGUCGCCCACCUACUGCUACGAGUGCGAGGGGCUCCUGUGGGGCAUCGCCCGCCAAGGGGUCCGCUGCACCGAGUGCGGCGUCAAGUGCCACGAGAAGUGCAAGGACCUCCUCAACGCCGACUGCUUGCAGAAUAUUGACUCCGGAACUGAAGGGGCCGCUGAGAAGAGUUCCAAACACGGCGCCGAAGACAAGGCCAACUCCAUCAUCACGGCCAUGAAGGAGCGCAUGAAGCAGCGCGAAAGAGAAAAGCCUGAAAUAUUUGAGCUUAUUAGAGCCGUUUUCGGAGUCGAGGAAAAGAGCCACAUCGGCCACAUGAAAGCAGUGAAGCAGUCGGUCCUCGAUGGCACCAGCAAGUGGUCGGCAAAGAUUGCCAUCACAGUAAUUUGCGCACAAGGCCUGAUUGCAAAGGACAAGAGCGGCACCUCAGACCCUUACGUCACAGUACAAGUAGGAAAGGUUAAGAAAAGAACGCGCACAAUGCCCCAAGAACUGAACCCGGUGUGGAGCGAGAAGUUCUAUUUCGAAUGCCACAACUCGUCAGACCGCAUCAAGGUGCGCGUCUGGGACGAGGACAAUGACCUCAAGUCCAAGCUGCGGCAGAAGCUGACCAGGGAGUCGGACGAUUUCCUCGGACAGACCAUCAUCGAGGUGCGCACGCUCUCCGGCGAGAUGGACGUCUGGUACAAUUUGGAAAAGCGGACAGACAAGUCGGCCGUCUCUGGAGCCAUCAGGCUGCACAUCAGCGUUGAAAUCAAAGGAGAGGAAAAGGUGGCACCAUAUCACGUCCAGUACACAUGUCUUCACGAAAAUCUGUUCCACUCACUGUGCGAGAAUAACGGUGGCGUUGUGAAUCUACCUCAAGUGAAGGGUGAUGACGCCUGGAAGGUGUACUUUGACGAAGCCGCUCAGGACAUAGUAGACGAAUUUGCGAUGCGUUACGGCAUAGAGUCCAUUUAUCAAGCCAUGACGCACUUCCACUGCCUGUCGACCAAGUACCUGUGCCCAGGCGUCCCGGCUGUGAUGAGCACCCUGCUCGCCAACAUUAACGCCUACUACGCACACACGACGGCGUCGAGCGCCGUGUCGGCCAGCGACCGCUUCGCCGCCUCCAACUUCGGCAAGGAGAAGUUUGUCAAACUGUUGGACCAGCUGCACAACUCACUGCGCAUCGACCUCUCCAUGUACAGAAACAACUUCCCCGCCUCCAGCAAGGAGAAGCUUAUGGAUUUGAAAUCCACUGUUGACCUCCUCACUUCCAUUACUUUCUUCAGAAUGAAGGUCCAAGAGUUAUCCAGUCCUCCGAGAGCGAGCAUCGUGGUGAAAGAUUGUGUGAAAGCAUGCCUCCGUUCCACUUACCAGUUCCUCUUUGAGAACUGCUACGAGCUUUACAAUAGAGAAUUUCAAGUUGAUCCAAAUGAAAUCAAAAAAGACUCUGAAGACAAUGGACCAAGAUUGGAUAGUCUCGACUUCUGGCACAAAUUAACUGCACUUAUUGUAUCUGUGAUCGAGGAAGACAGAAACAGCUACGCUCCCGUGCUGAAUCAGUUCCCUCAAGAGCUCAACAUCGGGCAGCUGUCGGCCGCCACGAUGUGGAGUCUGUUCGCCAUGGACAUGAAGUAUGCGUUAGAGGAGCACGAGCAGCAUAGAUUAUGCAAAUCUUCGGCGUACAUGAAUCUCCACUUCAAAGUCAAAUGGCUGCACACCAACUACGUCACGGACGUGCCACCGUACAAAGGAGCAGUGCCUGAAUAUCCAGCGUGGUUCGAACCGUUUGUCAUGCAGUGGCUGAAUGAAAACGACGAUGUUUCUCUUGAAUACCUCCAUGGCGCUUACAAAAGGGACCUGAAAGACGGCUUCCAACGAAGCAGCGAACACUCGCUCUUCUCCUGUUCGGUGGUGGAUGUGUUCACGCAGCUGACGCAGUGCUUUGACGUGGUGUCGAAACUCGAGUGUCCCGACCCGGAGAUCUGGAAGCGGUACAUGAAGCGUUUUGCCAAGACCAUCGUCAAAGUGCUGGUGGCGUACGCUGAAAUCGUCAAGGCCGACUUCCCCAACCACGUGCAGGACGAGCGGGUGGCGUGCAUUUUGAUGAACAACAUCCAGCAGCUGCGGGUGCAGCUGGAGAAGAUGUUUGAGUCGAUGGGUGGCGAGAAGCUGGAGCAGGACGCGGCCAACAUCCUCAACGAACUGCAGAACACGCUCAACUCGGCGCUCGACGACCUCGCCAUGUUGUUUGCCGUCAGUUUGGAGAACAGGAUCACAGUCAGCGUGAGAGAGCUUGGAGACUUGCUGCUCUCGGUCAAGGGCGGCGGACAGGUGCAGCCCUCGCAGCGCAACGCCGUGGCAGCUGAAGCCGAUGAGGUCCUGCGGCCGCUCAUGGACUUGCUGGAUGGUUCGCUGUCCCUCUACGCACAGUCGUGUGAAAAGACUGUUUUGAAACGUUUGCUGAAGGAGCUGUGGAAGAUUGUGAUGCGGAUCCUGGAAAAGACCGUGGUGCUCCCACCCAUGACUGACAAGAGCAUGAUGCUUAAAAACUUGAAGGACAACGCGAAGAAUUUAGCAGCCAACGCAAAAAUCGAGGACAUGUCUCGGCUUUUCAAAAAUCACAUGGCCGGCAAGCAGGACGUCAAAAAUGCGCUCAGCGGCGUCAUUGAAGUGGAGAAGAAUUUAUCACCGAAGCAGUGUGCGGUCUUAGAGGCAGCUCUUGACACAAUCAAACAAUACUUCCACGCGGGAGGAAACGGACUGAAGAAGGCCUUCCUGGAGAAGAGCGCCGAGCUGCAGUCUCUGAGAUACGCCCUGUCUUUGUACACGCAGACAACGGACGCCUUGAUCAAGACAUUUGUCCAGUCUCAGACCAAUCAAGUUCCGUUGAACAACAAAAAGAAUUUGAAACAACGCUCAGUCUCUGUUGACCGAGAGGCAGCAGAGGACGGCAAUCUUGAGGAACCCCUCAAGUCAAGAAGGCCUAAAGAACACGUCGAAGACGCGACAGACGAGGGCAGUGUAGGCGAGGUGUCCGUCCAAGUUGAUCUUUUUAAACACCCUGGCACUGGUGAACACAAGGUCACAGUCAAAGUUGUUGCUGCUAACGACCUGAAAUGGGUGAUUCAGUCUGGAAUGUUCCGACCCUUUGUCGAAACCAACUUGAUAGGCCCGCACCUGGCAGACAAGAAGAGGAAGCAGGCGACCAAGUCCAAGUCAAACUGUUGGUCGCCGAAAUUCAACGAGACCUUCCACUUCAUGAUUGGAAACGAGGAGCAGCUAGACUACUUCGAGCUGCACAUCUGCAUCAAGGACUACUGCUUUGCCAGGGACGACAGGCUGGUUGGUGUGGCUCUGUUGCAGCUGAAGGAUAUCGUGGAGCAGGGAUCUUGCGCCUGCUGGUUGUCGCUUGGGAAGCGCAUUCAAAUGGACGAGACUGGUUGGACGAUUUUGCGGAUUCUGUCGCAGCGCAGCAACGACGAGGUUGCGAAGGAGUUUGUCAAACUCAAGUCGGACAUCCGUCAGGAAGAGCCAAUCGUGAACGCGCCUUAAAGUAGCUCAAACCAAAGUCUUCGAAGCCACCGGAACCACUGUGUGGGGGUCGAGUAAAUAGCCACAUAAGCGACUUAAGGAAUAAAAUAUCAAACCGACACACACAAAAUGAUCAAGAACUCUGCUGUAAUAUUAAGUAGGAUGAUUUGUUGUUGGUCGUCGGUAGAUUUUACGCCUAUUCAGUGAAUAUUUCCAGAUUUUUUCCACCUACUAUUUGACAGGGUUUUAAAUAACGUCUCAAAGAUAUGUGUUUUGCGCGAAGUUUCCACUGACAUAAAACUUGAUCUACUAAUUUUUAACAACAGGUAAACGGAACCAAUUUAAUUAAGUGUCCAUGAAAUGGGACUCGUCUCUCGUGUCGGAAGAAUAAGCACGUCAAAAUCAAAAUUCAUACAAUGAAAACUCAAUAUGAACAUGAAUGGAUUUAAGCGAACAAAUAAAUUAAAAAUACGAUUAUAGUCUCUAAUUUUAAUGUCACAGUACACAAUACGACGCCCGCGCUGGCGGAGCGUCCAAUUUUUAUAUUUGGAAACAGUUUAGCUGCAAUAUACGAACAGAACAAAAAAUGAAUAUUUACUCACCUAGAAAUGUAAUAAAUACCUAUGGAUUAUAAAAAAAUCGCAAGUAUAUUAAACAGAAAAGCGGUCGGUAUGAAAUCUAUAAACACAUUUAAACGAGAGAUAUGAGAAGAUUACAUUUCAUAAUGCCUUCCUAAAGCGUUGUGUUCCAGCCAUCACUUGUAAUAUGAACUAGGCAAAAUGUGUAACUGUGUUUAAAAGUAUGGAAAACGAUAUUAUUGUAUAAUUACAUACAAACGAGAAAAUAGCCCUGCCCCAGACUAAAUAAGAAUUGUUGAAUAUUGUGCAUAAUCCCCUGUGCUAGACAUCUAUAUUAUCAACUUAACACACACAAACACUACCAUCAAUUUUUCUAUAAAAGCAGUGAAGCAAACAAGUGCGCAUAUAGAAAAAUAAAAACUAUAUACGCUCUUCACGUCAACUCUAUGGAUAGGAUCAGCAUUUAUAUAUAAAUAUAAAUCACUCACAAAACAUACACAUCAAACUUAUGUAAAUUAACUCGCCACCUACGGCUAAUCAAUCCUCUCUUUACUUGUAUUUGUAUAAACGAAGAAAUCGCAAUCCUCCUUUUCUAGACCAGCGUUGCUAUUGAUUCACACAAAAACACUUAACUAAAAACGGAAACUCGAUCACUAUACUUAACUCUCUCUCUAUCUCACCCCUGUUUCAUUAAAAAAAGAUCGAGACGUCUCUCAGAAGAAUCAUAAUUAGCCCAAUAUACAUAAAAGUAAUACGUUUCAGUUGAAUGAAAAUAUUACUUUUAAUAGAGACAAGAGAGAGGACGCAGAAGCAGAAGUGUUACAUUUUUCACUGUGAUAAAAAGAUAUCGGCCUGAUGAUAGAUUAUAAAUAAUAUUAAAGUAUCAAUCAAAUCAUUAAUAUUGAAUGUACUGUUGAUUGCUAUUCAUUAUUCAAUUGAGGCUUCAACUUUUUUUAUUCUAACUAAGACUCGAUUGAAUAUGUAUAUUUAUUAAUUAGAAAUCGCACUUAACGGUUAUUAAUUGAUAUAUAAAAUUUUUAAUAAAACGAAAUCAAAUGACAAAAAAUCGGUGAAUUGGCACUCUCUCGAUUGAAUCGUGAAAUUCUCACUUUUAACCACAAACACUGUUUACUUUCCCGAUCAAAAGUAUAUUCCGCAUCAUUAGUUGCUCUCCCAGCAGAAGUAUUAUGCAAAAAAGAUGUUUUUAAAUUGACGAGUGAAGAGAAUCAUUAAAUUAUGACAAUACAUGUAACUUUAAAACUUGUAGGAAGACAGAGCCAGAAGAAUUAAGUAACGCAGUCAGUCAUUCACCAGCCUCUAAUACCUGUGCGACAUUAGACUACUAAUUAUAAUGAUAUAAAUAAAAGAAAAACUUAAAAAUGCGUGUCACACACACACACACUAUACUUUGAUCUCUCAACUAACAAAAGGUCCACAAUACACACUGUAUAAAAACAACCUUUCAGCCAAAAAUUCAUCUCUCACUAGUUCGAAUCACACAGCUAGCUCUAGAUCUCCUCCUCAACAUAUAAAAGUAAAUUAAAAACGUGCGUUUUCGCUCUCUCGAUCAUUUCCGCGCUACAAUUCUGGGUGUUGUUGUUCGUCAUCCAAUUCUCCAAACCUAUCAAAAUACAAUUCUCGUCUAACUUAAUUAACAAUACAACUGUCGGUGGUGGGAGUGAUCAAAUGCUGUCUUUCUCGCCCAAGUUGUCUCUGACGGACCAUUUUUUCCUCAAGUGGAACAAUCGUAUUUUUGCGGCGAGCGUCACCGCCGUAGCGUCAAAUUAGCGUCAAAUUAGCGCUUUUCGUUUAUCGGAAUAUUUUUUACUCUCGGGACGUGACCGCGGAAAAAUCAUUGUUCCGCUCGCCAAAUCAAAAUUGUUCUCACCACUCCCGAUAAAAAUAAUAAUAAAAAAAAUUAAACAGAGAGCGUGUCUAUCGGUAUACUCAACACACACAUAGGAAAAGUGGAAAUUUUGAUUCGAUUCGAUGUGAGCGCUCGCUAAUUGAUUAUUUGCAACGCGUUUGUACAAUAGGUGAAGAAUAAGCCAUAUCUCUCUCCGAUUGAUCUUGUUGAAAUUUAACUAGAAAGGGUGCUACGACAUUAUUUUAUUUCCAUGUUACGAGAACUGACUUAAAACUGCUGCUUUACUGCGUAUAUAUUUACUGUUAAAUACAAUAACUGUAAAAUAUCAUUCCGAAAUUCCAUCGAUGUGCAUCAAAUGUUUGAGGGACGCAAAAGACCGAGCAUUUUUCCUAUAUUCGUUACUUUAAAUUAUUUCGUCGCUGUCUUUUUUAAAUAAUACACGUGGAUAUAAUUCUAGUGCAGCAUCGGUUAUAUUACUGUUUGAUUGUUGAAAAUGCCAAUACGAGAAUGUUUACACCGAUUCUAAAGUUAUUGUAAAUAAAUAUUAAUAGUCACCAGGCGAAGAACACUCUUUUCCGAUUAGGCCGGAAAACGAGGAGAUGAGCAUGAUACUUUUACCAUUUCUACUGUCACUACAAAAAAAAUCGUAAAAACGAGAAUAAUAUCAAUCGAUAAGUUAAAUAUUUGAUAUUUAUCAAAGAGGAAGAAGAAAAAGUUUGAACUGUGAAGCACAACUCUUAUUCUCUCAAAAUCAAUAAAAAGCUGCAAACCGAGAAUUGUUUAACGUUAAGAGAGCACUUAUUUCUAAUAUGUAAAAAGCAAAGUACUUGUAAAGGUAAGAGUUUUUCAUUGAUUUUCUAUUUUCUGAAAGUGUGUCCUGCUGCUGUUGCAUUGAAUUCAAACAGAUAUGUAUGGUGUAUCAUGUGUACAUGUAACAAAAACGGUGGAAUUUAUUAUUCACGUGUAAAUAUGGAGAAUAAAGCUUUCAAUGAGAUAUAUAUGAAUAGAAACUCACAUUUUAUCAAAGACUCCUAUCAUCACACACACGAUGUUACUAAAUACUAAGUCAUGAUAUUUAUUCGUUGACGAAAAAUUCGGACCUUUCUCUCACGGUCAGUUAUUGUUUUCAAAUAAAACUGGGCGAAAUUAUGUUUGAUGGAUGAGUGGAUUGUUCGACGAGAUCAUAUAUAAAAAUAAAGAAAUUAUGUGCGAACUACAAAAUCUGGAUUUCAU